AUGGCUGAAAUAAUAUUUAAAAUAAACGAAGUUGAACAUAAAGUUGAUGCCAAGUUUGGUCCAGAUUACACCUUAAAUGAAUUUAUAAGAAAAAUAGCUAAUCUACGUGGUACGAAAGCCAUGUGCCAUGAAGGAGGGUGUGGUGCUUGUGUAGUCAAUGUUCGCGCGCCUCUACCGCCGUCCAACGAAUGUCUUGUAUCAAUAUUAUCAUGUCACGGUUGGGAAAUUACAACCGUGGAAGGUAUCGGUAACAAGCGAAUGGGUUAUCACGAAAUCCAAAAACGUCUAGCCAGCUUUAGCGGUACCCAAUGCGGAUAUUGUUCUCCAGGAUUUGUUAUGAGCAUGUACAGCCUUUACGAAACCAAAAACCAAAAAAUUACAACAGAAGAAGUCGAAAAUUCAUUUGCAAGCAACAUUUGCCGAUGCACCGGCUACCGGCCGAUUGCUGAUGCAUUUAAGUCUUUAGCUCAAGAUGCUAACAACGAUUUACUUAACCAAGUAGUAGAUGUAGAAGAUUUAAAUACCAUUAAGUCAUGUCCAUAUUCACAAACAAAAUUGCAUGAAUACAAUAUCCUUGACAAUAUGGAUGAAAAAACUGAUGAUUUAAAUAUUGAUAUUAAUAAUUGUAAUGAUGAAUUAUCUUGGUGUAUACUUGAAAAGACAAAUAAAGAAAUGUUCACAAUUGAAUCAGACUCCUUUAAAUGGUACAAAGCAUAUAAUUUAGAUGAUGUCUUUAAAACCAUGCAAAAUGAUGGUGAAUAUAAACUAAUAGCUGGAAACACAGGUCAAGGAGUGCUGCCUGAUUCUGAGUAUCCAAUAAAUGUAAUUGAUAUUUUCAACGUAUCAGAAUUAAAAGAACACACAUUAGAUGUGAAUUUAAUUAUAGGAGCCGGUAUGACAAUAUCAGAGGCGAUGAAUGUUUUUUUAAAGAUGUCAGAAAACGAGGACUUUUUUUAUUUAAAAGAAUUGUAUAAUCAUUUGGACUUGGUUGCUCAUAUACCUGUUCGUAAUAUUGGAACUAUUGGUGGUAACCUAAUGUUAAAACAUACGGACAAUAAAUUUCAAUCAGAUUUAUUUUUGAUCAUUGAAACUGUUGGGGGCAUGGUCACAAUUGGUGAAGGUGUCGCCAAAAGUAAUAUAAUUUCUCUUCCCGAUUUUUUACGAACCGACAUGAAAAGAAAAAUUAUGUUGAACAUUAUGCUACCGCCAUUUUCACAAAGUUGUUCACUUAAAACUUUUAAGAUAAUGCCCCGAGCGCAAAAUGCUCAUGCAAUUAUUAAUGCUGGUUUUCUUCUUAAAUUCCAUCACAAUUCAAAUCUUAUCGAAAAAGCAACAAUUGUAUAUGGAGGUAUAUCACAAAGUUUUAUACACGCAGUAAAAUCUGAAGCAAUUUUAGUUGGCAGAGAUCCAUACACAAACGAGACAUUACAGUUGGUAUUAAAGAAUUUAGAAGAAGAACUGCAACCAGAAGAAAAUUAUCCAGAACCUAGCGCUGCUUUUAGAAAAAUGCUUGCUUUAGCCUUAUUUUAUAAGGCAAUAUUAAGUUUUUGUCCAAAUGAAAAAGUAAAUCCAAUAUACAAAUCAGGCGGUCAAGUUAUAAAGAGAGAGGUAUCAAAAGGCAGUCAAAGUUUUGAAACAGACGAAAGUAUUUGGCCUCUAACUCAACCUAUGCCGAAAAUGGAAGCAGUAUUACAAUGUGCCGGUGAAGCCAUAUUUUCAAAUGAUGUUCCGUCUAUAGUUGAUGAAGUUUUUGCAGCGUUUGUAACAGCAGAUGUUAGCGCUGGAAGUAUUAUAAGUGGUUUUGAUACAUCUGAAGCAUUUAAAAUUCCAGGAGUAAGUGCAUUUUACACUGCAAAGGAUAUACCUGGAAAUAACACUUUUACUCCAAAAAAUAUCGCUCUUAUGACUGCCGAUGAGGAAAUAUUAUGUUCCGAAAAAGUUAUGUUCUAUGGACAACCAGUUGGAAUUAUUGUAGCUGAUCGGGAAAAAACAGCUCAAAAAGCUGCUCACGUCGUUAAAAUUAUAUAUUCUCUUGUUAAUACGAAAAAGCCGUUGCUGACAAUGGAUGAUGUACUUAUAUCAAGUGAAAUAAAUGAAAGAUUGAUGAAAAAUGAAACCAUAGAACCGACUGAUAUAGGGAACGAUGUUAAACAAGUAUUGAGCGGAGAGUUCAAAUUGAGAGGUCAAUACCACUUUUAUAUGGAACCGCAAACAUGCGUAACUAUACCAGUUGAAGAUGGGUUGGAUAUUUAUUCAUCAGCACAAUGGCUAGAUUUGACAAAUAUUGCAGUUACGCAGUGUCUUAAAAUUCCUGUUAAUAGAGUUAACGUAAUAGUCCUAAGAUUAGGGGGAGGAUAUGGCGGUAAAAUAUCAAGAUCCACUCAAAUUGCUUGUGCUGCAGCCUUGGUAACACACUUACAAGGGAAACCAUGCAGGUUCAUAUUGCCUUUGACAACGAGCAUGAAAUCUAUUGGAAAAAGGUUGCCAACAAAUAGUAAGUUCGAGGUCGGUGUUAACGAAGAUGGCCUAAUUCAGUACCUUAAGAACACAUUUUAUCAAGAUUGUGGAUAUUCAUUCAAUGAAAUUAUUUCUGAGACAACAAUUAAGCAUUUUUACAGCUGCUACGAAUCGAAAAGGUGGCAAAUCGAAGCCAACAGUAUUAUAACCGACACUGCAUCUAAUACUUACUGCAGAUCACCAUCAUCAGCAGAGGGAAUUGCAAUGAUAGAAAAUAUAAUGGAAUAUAUUGCCUAUGGCCUGGGAAAGGACCCCAUAGAAGUCCGUCUAUUAAACAUGGUUUCAGAAGAUAAUCCAUUACCAGAAAUGAUAAAUCAAUUGAAAAUAGACUCAGAAUAUGAAUCACGCACAAAAGACGUAAUACAAUACAAUGAACAAAACAGAUGGAGAAAAAGAGCAUUAAAAAUAAUGCCAAUUACAUUUGGUGUCUACUAUUUUGGCAAUUAUAAUUCCAUUAUAUCCAUAUACCAUGGUGAUGCUACUCUCACCAUCCAUCACGGGGGUGCCGCAAUGGGCCAAGGCUUAAACACAAAGAUAGCUCAAGUGUGUGCCUAUAAACUAGGGAUACCUUUGAAAAAAAUUAUCGUCAGACCUAGUACUAGUUAUUUCUCACCGAAUGCAAUGGUAACUGGUGCUAGUAUUGGUAGUGAAUGUAUUGCAUUUGCAACAAUAAAAGCAUGUGAAAUACUUUUAGAAAGAUUAACUCCAAUAAAAGAAAAAGGAACGUUUUCUUGGGAAGAACUUAUUUCUAAAGCGUAUGAAGAAGGUGUUGACUUACAAGCGUCCUAUAUGUAUUCACAGAAAGAUAAUUUAAAACCGUAUAAUGUGUAUGCAGUUUGUGCAGUAGAAAUUGAACUCGACAUGUUAACAGGUAAACAUGAUAUAAGAAGAGUUGAUAUACUUGAAGAUACAGGGAGAAGUAUAAGUCCUACAUUAGACGUUGGUCAGAUCGAAGGCGCCUUUGUUAUGGGUAUAGGCUACUGGACUUCAGAAAAUCUUGUCUACGAUCAGACAACUGGAGAACUCCUGACAAACCGCACCUGGAAUUAUAAGCCGCCAGGGAUUAAAGAUAUUCCUGCUGACAUGAGGAUUUACUUUCGCAGAAAUGCUGGAAAUGAAUAUGGCGUACUUCAAUCCAAAGCGACUGGCGAACCAGCAUUUUGUCUGGCCACGAUUCUGCUGCACGCAUUCCGCGAAGCUAUUCGUUACGGGCGACUGGAUGCAGGAUAUCCAGACCAAUGGGUGGAAAUUGAUGCUCCGUGUACAGUGGAAAACAUCUUUAUGGCAUGCGAUCACAAAAUAGAACACUUUUUACUUAACUAAAUUAUAAUAUAAAUCACACCUUUGUGAAAAUAAAAAUAAAUUAAUCAUUC